AUGCAGCCCUCGGAAUUCUUCGUGGGCUCGAUCGAUCAGGGGACGACCAGCACCAGAUUCCUCAUUUUCAACCGAGAUGGAGAGCCUGUGGCCUCACACCAGGUCGAAUUCAGCCAGAUCUAUCCGAACCCGGGCUGGCACGAACACGACCCUCUCGAGCUUGUCUAUUCCGUAGAAACCUGCAUCGACCACGCAGUCCGCGAAUUCGAAGAAAAGGGCUUCUCCCGUUCCAAUAUCAAGUGCGUCGGUAUCACCAACCAGCGCGAAACAACUGUUGUCUGGGACCACGAGUCCGGCGAGCCGCUAAACAAUGCGAUUGUCUGGACAGAUACCCGGUCCCAGGCCAUCGUCACCGAGCUCAAGCAGAGACCAGACGCAUCCAAAUUACAAGCCAUCUGCGGUCUCCCGCUCUCAACCUACUCAUCAUCCACAAAGUUGCUCUGGAUGCUGGCGCACGUACCCAAGGUGAAAGAGGCGUUCGACCGCGGCACUCUGGCGUUUGGUACUGUCGAUUCCUGGCUCGUAUACCGUUUGAACGGCGUCCGCGCCAACGUUUUUGUCUCGGAUUCGACAAACGCGUCCCGCACCAUGUUCAUGAGUCUUCAUUCUUUGCAAUACGAUGAUACCCUGUUGGAUUUCUUCGGCAUCAAGGGAAAGAUCCAUCUUCCUAGAAUUGUCCCAUCGUCUGAUUCGCAUGCUUAUGGGUCAAUUGUGUCUGGUGCGCUUGAGGGAGUACCUAUCAUGGGAUGUCUUGGCGAUCAGUCUUCUGCGUUGGUUGGGCAGAAGGGGUUCUCACCAGGUAUGGCCAAAAAUACUUACGGGACAGGCUGCUUCUUGCUCUACAAUGUCGGUGAGAAGCCUGUCAUUUCGACACAUGGUUUGCUGGCGACAGUCGCGUACAAUUUUGGGGGAAAGGCUGUCUAUGCCCUGGAAGGAAGCAUUGCAGUCGCCGGCUCUGGGGUCAAGUUCUUGCAGAACAAUUUGGCCUUUUUCCAAGACUCCAAGGAGGUCAAUGACCUAGCGUUAUCGGUAGAAGAUAACGGUGGAUGUGUCUUCGUCACUGCUUUCAGUGGACUGUUUGCGCCGUACUGGAUUGAUGAUGCUAAGGGAACCAUCUUUGGCAUCACUCAAUACACCCAAAAAGGUCACAUCGCACGUGCAACUCUCGAAGCCACCUGUUUCCAGACAAAGGCCAUCUUAGAUGCAAUGGAGAAGGAUAGCGGAAAGACACUCUCAGAGCUUGCCGUUGACGGAGGAAUGAGUAACUCUGAUUUGGCAAUGCAGACCCAAGCAGAUCUCAUAUCCAUCCCCGUCUACCGCCCCAAGAUGCGCGAAACAACAGCCCUUGGCGCCGCAAUCGCGGCUGGCCUUGCUGCGGGCUUGUGGCGCAAUUUCGCCGAGCUACGUGAUAUCAACCGGGUCGGCGGAGUCGUCUUUGAGCCGCGGAUCACACGCGAGGAAUCCGCAAAAAAGUUCGGAGAAUGGGAGAAGGCGGUACAAAUGAGUCGAGGCUGGAUCGGGGCCGAGAAGAAUGCCCAAGACUCGGUCCCAAACGGUGCUCAGAAAUGGCCCAAUGGGACUUCUGUCUAUCCUGCAGACAAUCGAGACUUGUCCGCUCCAAAACCACUUCCCAAACAAAGCCAAUCGCCGUUGAUCUCGGAUGUUGUUGCUGGGUCCAAUACUGGCACAACAUUCAAAGUGAAGGCAUGGACAGCGAGCGGAGACCUAGAUUUCCAGCCUGCCAAGGUCCCGACGGUCAGUAUCUCGGGUGAUCUUGAAGAUGCAGAUGAGGAGGAUCUGUUUCUGGAGUUGAGGAAGGUAGAGAUUCUGCAGAAGCUGAAGAAGUUGAGGAAGCUUAAGUUGAGCUAUUACUAG